AUGGAGAUGAACAAUCUGAGGGUGGAAUCUCAUGUAGCCCAGAAAAACCGGCGACAUAAGUUGAGAUUUCAGCAAAACUCCGGUGACAUGAAUCACCAACAUCCACCACAAGACCACCCUCAGUUCGAACCCAAAGAUAUCCAUCGACCCUUUUCAUACAACCCCAAUGUAUACCCUUCUGAAAUGCUCAAUUCCGUUCCUAGAAAUCCACAUCUUUUGUUACCUCUCGGCCAUGGUUUUGUAUCCGUUGAUCAAGAUUCUUUUCCAGGUUCAGAUUCCGGUUCCGGUAUGGGUUCUUCGCAGCCUGAUCAAAGGAUUUUAGCUGGUUCUAAUGGUGGUACUUUUGCUAAUUUGCCGAACGACUCUAACAAUUGGAAAACUGUUGUUUCAUCUCAACAAGUUGGUAAUGAUCAUUGGAAUCUUGUGAGUUAUUCGAAUACUGGUUCGAUGAAUAUUGAUCAUAGGAGCUUGAAUUCAGGCGGCUAUGGCUACCAUCAAGAUGUGCAAAAUGUCCCGGCGUUCAGUUCUUCGCCGUUUUAUCAUUCCAUCCUUCCCGAAGAUCAGGUCACUCUUGCACAACCUCAUCAAGGCAAGAAUGAUUCAGGGAUGAAUCAGUCAAUUCCGUAUUGGAUGAACAAUUCUGAUGAAUCAAGUUAUUUAGCAAAUCGAAUUCAUGAUCAUAGAGAACAAAUGACAACAGCAACAACAAUGGCUGCAAACGAGGGUAACUGCAACACCCAAGCUUUGUGUUUAUCACUUUCAUCAGUUCCACAACCUAAAGAUGAUCUACUCACUCUACAACCGGGUGAAAGGCCUCUAAAGUCGGACCUUUUACCCAAUUCGGAUCUCAAAUGUUUCAUGGGUGUUUCAUCUUUUGCUCACCGGAAUGCCGGGCCACUGGGUCCGUUCACCGGCUAUGCAACAAUCCUGAAGAAUUCCAAGUAUUUAAAACCUGCACAAGAACUGUUGAAUGUGAAUUGUGAGGUAGGGGAUCAGGAGUUGCUUCAAACAUGUCAUGAUGUUUUCUCUCAGAAAAUUCUUGAAGAAGAAAUGAGUAGGGCUUCUGGUGGUUCCAACGAACAUAGCACCUCCGGUGCUGAAUCUCUCCAGCCGGAGUUUCAUCGGAAGAAGGCUAGGUUGUUAUAUAUGCAGGAGGAGGUAUGCAGGAGGUACAAACAGUAUUUGCAGCAAAUGCAGAUGGUGGUUUCAUCUUUUGAGACUGUGGCCGGGCUUGGCGCGGCCACUCCUUACGUUUGCUUGGCUCUCAAGGCGAUCUCACGGCAUUUUCACUUUGUAAAGACAGUCAUUUCCGAGCAACUGUUGCAAAUAAGGAAAAUGGUGGGAGAGGGGUUGAGUUCUUCGACGACCACGAGUAGUAAAGUGUUUGAUGCUAAUGCAACAAGUACCUCUAGGCUAAAAUCAAUCGAUCAGAGGCUUAGUAAAUCCGGAGGUGGUGUUGGUGGUGCUGCUGGAUUCUUUACAUCGCCGCAACCUGUAUGGAGGCCGCAGAGAGGGCUUCCGGAACGAGCUAUUGCUGUUCUUAAAACGUGGCUUUUCGAUCAUUUUCUUCAUCCGUAUCCUUCGRACGCAGACAAGCAUAUGUUGGCUACACAAACUGGUUUAACCAGAAAUCAGGUCUCGAACUGGUUCAUAAAUGCAAGAGUUCGUAUUUGGAAACCAAUGGUUGAAGAAAUCCACACCCUCGAAACCAAAGGCUUAGCUGAACCAAACUCCACCAACCCUCCACCGGCCGGUCAAGACUCUAGCCGGAUGGACAUGAGCUCGUUUUCUAACAUGCAACCACCAGAACAAUCAUGUUCAAGAAACCCUCAGACGGCCUUAACAGGAGACGAACCGAAUGACCAACAACUACAGGACCACGAGAAGUUGGCUAGGCCCGAGUACCAGAUUCCUCUAGCCAGCAUGGACCGACUGAUGAGCAUUCUGCCCUACCCUCGAGCCACGUUCGAUGCAAGUGGGUUGGGUCCGGUUUCACUUACUUUGGGUCUCAGACAGAAUGCUGAGAAUGUUCAACAGUUACAGCAACAUUUUGGAGGUCAGUUGAUUCAUGAUUUUGUGGGUUAGGUUUUAGUCAGCCAUUGCAAUAAGAAAAGAAAAAGUGGCAGUAGAAGAAAGAUAGAAAGGGAUACGGUUGGAAGAUGGUAAACACUAUUUUUUGUUUCCAAUUAAUGGUUAGAAAAACCAAACGAAUUGGGAGGUGAGGUUUCUUUAUGCUUUGUACUUACUAAAGAUGGAAGUUCCCUUCCAAAACCCUAAUCUUUGAAUUCCAAA